AUGGCUCCUCUCGUCCCCAUAUUCUCCGCCGAAUCCCUCCCCGAUCAUGUCAAUACCGUUCGCCGCAACUUCCAAGAGAAACGCCGUAAAGGCGAACCGGUCAACCUCAAGGAGUGCCCAUUACUUGAAAUGACACAAUUCUCUUGCAAUCCACCACAAAAUGGGGUUCCCGAAGCAGGGGUUGUGGUAUGCGAGCCUGUGGUGCGGUUGUUCCGACGUUGUGCCGGUGGGUUAAUGGUUGAAACAACAUCAUGGGAGCCAAUUAGGCUGGCAGAGGAAGCGAAACAAAAGCAAGCAGCCAAUACAAAACAAUGA